GUCCAGAGGAAGCGUGAGAUGAUACUGAAGCGCAAGGAGGAGGAAGCGCUCAAGGAGAGCUUGAAGCCCAAACUCUCGGAGGAGCAGCAGAAAGUCAUCGACAUCCUCCUCGAGGCCCAUCACAAAACCUACGACCCCACGUACGCCGACUUCACCAAAUUCCGGCCCCCUGUGAGAACCGACGCCAGCGGCAGGGGGGCAGCUCGCUCCUCCUCCAUCCUCACCCAGGACUUGUCCUCGGAGGAUUCCACCGACCUCUUUGGCUCCGAAGCCUUCAGCGCGUUUCCAGAGUCCGUGGAGCCCCAGAUGUUUUCGAACCUCGUCCUCUCCGAGGAGAACGACGAGAGCUCUUCGAUGAACAUCGACUUCUCUCACCUCUCCAUGCUCCCGCACUUGGCCGACCUGGUCAGCUACAGCAUACAGAAGGUGAUCGGCUUUGCCAAAAUGAUCCCGGGAUUCAGGGACCUGGCGGCGGAGGACCAGAUCGCCCUGCUGAAAUCCAGCGCCAUCGAGGUGAUCAUGCUGCGCUCCAACCAGUCCUUCACCCUCGAGGACAUGACGUGGACCUGCGGCAGCAACGACUUCAAGUACAGGAUCAGCGACGUCACCCAAGCUGGCCACAGCAUGGAUCUGCUGGAGCCGCUCGUGAAAUUCCAGGUCGGCUUGAAGAAGCUGAACCUUCACGAAGAAGAGCACGUGCUCCUCAUGGCCAUCUGCAUCCUGUCCCCAGAUCGUCCGGGUGUGCAGGACACCUCGCUGGUGGAAUCCCUCCAGGAUCGCCUCUCGGAGAUCCUCCAGACCUACAUCCGCUGCAGGCACCCUCCUCCCGGCAGCCGCCUGCUCUACGCCAAGAUGAUCCAGAAGCUCGCCGACCUACGGAGCCUGAACGAGGAGCACUCCAAGCAGUACCGCUGCCUCUCCUUCCAACCCGAGCACAGCAUGCAGCUCACGCCGCUGGUGCUCGAAGUCUUCGGCAACGAGAUAUCGUGA